AUGGAUCUUGCACUUCUGUCCUCCAUCCUGCUGGUCAUUUCUACUGUCCAUGCUUUCCAGUAUUCAGAGUUGGUGCAGUACAUUGACAGCCAUCAAGAAGAAUAUGUGGAGGCUCUGCGGGAUUGGGUUGCAAUCGAGAGCGACUCCAGCAACGUCUUGAAGAGACCAGACCUACACCGCAUGAUGGAGAUGGCGGCUCAGAAGCUGAGGCUGAUGGGAGGGACUGUAGAGCUGGUGGACAUCGGAGAACAAGAACUUCCUGACGGACAGACAUUAGCGUUGCCUAAAGUGGUGACAGCUCAGUUUGGCAACGACCCAAACAAACACACAGUGUGUGUCUACGGCCAUGUGGACGUCCAGCCGGCGAAGCUAGAGGACGGUUGGGCAACGGAUCCCUACAACCUGACCGACAUCAAUGGUAACCUUUAUGGACGAGGAGCGUCAGACAACAAGGCCCCAGUUUUAGCCUGGAUCCAUGCGGUGGAGGCUUACCAGGCCCUCAAUAUGGAGCUGCCAGUGAAUGUGAAGUUUGUCAUUGAGGGCAUGGAGGAGACAGGCUCUAACGGCCUGGACGCCAUGAUCCUGGCUCAGAGGGACACCUUCUUCUCCGACGUAGAUUACAUCAUCAUCUCAGACUGCGGCUGGCUCAGCAGACGGCCCGCCCUCACCUACGGCACCAGAGGCAACUGCUACUUCUACGCUGAGGUUGAAGGACCUAAACAGGACUUACAUUCUGGUGUUUAUGGGGGCACUGUGAUCGAACCAAUGACUGACCUCGUUGGAAUUCUUGACACAAUGAUCAGCCCCAGCGGUAAGAUCCUGAUUCCUGGGAUCAGAGAGGCCGUGGCUCCCCUUUCUGAUGAGGAAUGGAGAAUGUACCAGGACAUCCAGUUUGACAUCGACAAUUACAAGAACAAGAUCGGCGUCAACGAGCUCAUGUACAGCAACAAGGUGGACCUGUUGGCCCACAUGUGGCGCUACCCCACUGUCUCCAUACAUGGCAUUGAGGGGGCCUUCUCAGACUCGGGCACAAAGACAGUCAUUCCUGCUAAGGUUACUGCCAAGUUCUCCAUUAGACAAGUUCCCAACAUGGACCCUGCUAUGGUCAAGAAACAGGUAACAGACUAUCUUCACUCGGUGUUUGCCAAGAGGAAGAGUCCUAACAAGCUGAAAGUCACCAUGGUGAUCGGGGCCAAGCCUUGGCUGGCCGACACUCAACAUCCUCUGUAUGAUGCUGGGAAGGCUGCUGUCAAGAGAGUUUUUGACAUGGAUCCUGAUCUGAUCCGUGAGGGCGGCACCAUCCCUAUUGCCAGAACCUUCCAGGAUGUGACAGGAAAAAGCAUCAUCAUGAUGCCCAUCGGAGGCUUUGAUGACGGGCUGCACUCCCAGAACGAGAAAAUUAGCAGGUACAACUACAUCGAAGGGACCAAGUUAUUUGUUGCCUACCUGAAUGAAGUAUCCCAGAUUAAGCAGACCAGUGUGUGAUGUCUCAUGGCCUCAUUAAAUGACCGUCUAAACCAUCCCAGCGACAGUGAGCUCUCCCUGACACAAGCCUGGUUUUAUAUUUUUUACUGUGCCUUCAUCUUUCUUUCAUCCAUUUCUCUGUCUCUUGCCAAGCUUUUAUUUAUCUGCAUCCAAAGAGCUUCCUCCCUCU